AUGCUGCCUGGAAAGGAACGCCAGGUCCUCGUUGUCCCAACGGCUCGAAUAACAAUGGCCUGCUCCUCCUACGAACCUGCGCAGAACACCGAAUCAUUCUCACGAACACCUUCUUUUGCCUGCCGGAGCGAGAGAAGGCCACCUGGAUGCAUCCUCGGUCGCGUCGGUGACACCUGCUGGACUAUGUCCUCGUCCGGAGGAGAGACCAGCGGGACGUGCUGGUAACAAAGGCGAUCCUGGGUGCCGACUGGCUGAGUGGCCAUCGUUUCUUCAUCUCCAAGAUGCGAAUUUUCCUACAGCCCCGCAGGAGACCUCAAGGUAAGCGACCCCCAGAUAAGCUAAGUAUUACCUUGCUGUCUUUGCUUGCUCACCACAUACAUUUCAGCAACGAGCUGGCCCAACGACUGGCCAACCUUCCAGUCGUUGAUGCCGCCGCCGCUGACGAGAACGCCUCCAUGGAGAACGGUGUCAACAGCGGGACACAGUCCAGUCGACGGCGCUGGCCGUCCUCGGUCGCGCAAGUGAGAAUUCGAAUCGUCAGGCGAAUAAAGCCCUUGCUUCAGCGAUCGCUCCUACUUCUCAUCAACUAG